AUGUCCCAGAUGUGGAUGCUGAGAUGGGUCAUCCUACUGGUGGGGCAAAAGCUGAUACAAGCAGGCUUCAUGGAGGAUUAUGGAGUAAUGGGAGAUUCUAGUGACUUGACUAUGUGGCCAACAACAUCAGGCUAUCUUGUUCCAGUUCGUGCCAGUAACCAUGUCAACAACAUCUGUAGCAUGUGGGGAAACUUCCACUUCAAAACAUUCGAUGGGGACUUUUAUCAGUUCCCAGGCACAUGCGAGUAUAACCUGGUGUCUGACUGCCAAACCCUCAUUCGCCAGUUCUCAGUACAUGUAAAGAGAACAGAACACACUAGUAGCCCAAAAAUCAGCAGAGUCCUGGUAACCAUCAAUGACAUCACCGUCAAUAUCACCGCAAACCAGGUCAUGGUCAAUGGAGAAAAUAAAUUGCUGCCCGUGCAUGUCGCAGGGAUUCUUGUGGAAGAGAACACAAUUUACAUGAGACUCCAUUCAAAAUUGGGCAUAACUGUCAUGUGGAACAAAAAAGAUGCAGUAAUGGUGGAGUUGGACUCCAAAUUUUUAAAUCGCACAUGUGGAUUGUGUGGCGAUUUCAAUCGGGCUCCAGUUUAUAAUGAAUUUAUUCAAUCAGGAUAUGAACGAGAGGUAGGCUACAUUGAGUUUGGGAACAAGCACAAAGUUCCCAACCCAGAGGUGGAUUGCAAAAAUCCCUCUGAAGAAGAUGAUAAGCAGAAUUUAGGUGACCAUUCUGAAAAACAUCGGGAAGAUUGUGAGGACCUUUUGAAAGAUGCAGACUGGUUCUCCUGCAUCAAGAUUUUGAACCCUGAGCCGUAUAUCAAGGCCUGUAUGAAUGACAUGUGCUUAUAUCAGCCUGAAGACACUGACAACUCCACGCUCUGUGCGACUUUGUCUGAAUAUUCACGCCAGUGUUCCCACGCUGGGGGAACUCCGCCGACCUGGAGAAGAGCUGACUUCUGCGCUGUGACAUGCCCCUACAAUAUGGUACAUUCUGAAAGCGGCUCCCCCUGUAUGGACACAUGCUUGCACAAAGACACAAACACACUGUGUGAGCAACACAACAUUGACGGCUGCUUCUGCCCACCAGGAACUGUGUUUGAUGAAAUCCAAAACAUGGGCUGCAUCCCAGUGGAAGAGUGUCAGUGUAAGCAUGACCGCGUCUACAGCACAGGAGAGGUUCUCCACAAACAUAAUGAGGAAUGCAUAUGUAAGGAGGGAAACUGGAUCUGUACAAGUAUUCCCAGCCCUGGCCUGUGCGCAGUAGAAGAAGGAUCUCACUUCACCACCUUUGACGGGAAAGAAUUCACUUUCCAUGGAGACUGCAACUAUGUGCUCUCAAAAGACUUUGAGGAGUCAAAGUUCAUCAUACUGGGUCAGAUUGUUCCUUGUGUUAGCCUUAAUACUGACACCUGCUUGAAAUCUGUAGAGGUGAUAUUUAACAAUGACAAAAACCAUCGUCUAGUGAUUAAAAGUGAUGGCACAGUUCAACACAAUGCAAUAGUUUCACUUCCUUACACAACAGCUGACUUCACGGUGUUCAUGCCGUCAUCAUUUCACAUCAUGCUUCAGACCACCUUUGGGCUGCAGGUGCAGGUACAGCUGGUGCCUCUUAUGCAGGUCUACAUCACCGUGGACCAAAGCUUCCAGGGCAAGACUUGUGGUCUUUGUGGAAAUUUUAACAAAGUACUGUCAGAUGAUCUGAAGACCCCUCAGGGAGUGGUGGAGGGUACAGCGAUUUCCUUCGCAAACGCCUGGAAGACGCAGUCCAACUGCCCCGACCGUACUGAGAGACUAGACGACCCCUGUUCCUACAGCAGUGACAGCGAACACUAUGCUGAGCACUGGUGUUCCCAGAUGAAAAAGGAGAGCCUUUUUGCCCAGUGUCACGCCCGUGUCAAUCCAGACAGCUACUACAAAAGAUGCAAAUACUCCAGCUGUACCUGUGAGAAGAGUGAGGACUGUCUGUGUACAGUGUUCUCCUCGUACGCACGGGCCUGUGCAGCUAAAGGAAUAAUCCUCCAAGGCUGGAGAGAAAUCGUGUGUGAGAAAUAUACAGAGAAUUGCCCAGCCUCGCAGAACUACUCCUAUGAGCUGCAGAGCUGUCAGCGUACCUGUCUUUCUCUCACCUCUGAGCGCAAAAGCUGCAGCAUUGACUUUGUGCCUGUUGACGGAUGCGCAUGUCCAGAGGGACUCUACCAGGAUGAGAAUGGACUUUGUGUACCUAUGGAAAAAUGCCCAUGUUAUAACAAUGGAGUGACAGUCCAACCUGGCACAUCUAUUAACAUUAAGAAUGAACACUGUGUUUGUGUGAAUGGAACAUUCCGCUGUCUGUCCUGGAAACCUCCAAUUGUGGAGUGUCCUCCUCCAAAGGUUUUCUUCAACUGCAGUACAGCGCGUCCAGAUGAACAUGGAUUGUUGUGUGCACAGACUUGUAUGCAAAAGGAAAUGGAUUGUUUCUCGCAGGAUUGUGAAUCUGGCUGCCAGUGUCCUGCAGGUCUACUUGAUGAUGGCAGAGGAAACUGUGUUAACCCUUAUGACUGUCCCUGUCCUCACAAUGGACAGAUUUAUGCACCAGGGACUGAGAUAACCGUAGACUGCAAUAACUGUACUUGUCAACACGGAACAUGGACAUGCACAAAAAAUAUCUGUCCAGGCAUCUGCACAAUAUAUGGAAGUGGACAUUAUAAAACUUUUGACCAGCAGAGAUUCGGCUUCAGGGGAGAGUGCAGUUAUAUUGUUGCUCAGGUACCACCAGACAAGUACUUUUAUUUUCUGUACACCUUUACUGUGCCUAUGAGACAUACAACUUGCUAUCAUAGUGAAACUACAGCAUUUAGUAUAAGGUUUUUUUUUUUUAGAACUAAGCUAGAGCUUUAUGGUGGGAAUGUAACAGCCUUUGAUACUGAAAGUGGCCCACAGAUCAGUUACAACAAGACAAUCAUUGGGAUGUACAUUGUCAUUGAUGCUGACAUUGGACUGACAGUUUUGUGGGACCGCAAAACAACUGUCCGCAUCAUUCUGCAACCUCAACACAUGCUCUCUUGGUUUAUGGAAUUAAAAGUCAAGUCAAAGUAUUCUUCAGCGUCUCCUCAUCUCUCCUUUGUACACUGUGACAUGUUGGUGACCGAACUCCAGAGAUAUGUGAUCUUUAUAUUUUCACAGGGAGGUGUUUGUGGACUAUGUGGAAAUUUCAAUGGGAAUGGAAAAGAUGACUUAACUACUCAAGGCAAUUUGCAAACCACAGAUAUAAUGGAGUUUGCUGACAGCUGGAAAGUGUUAGGCACCUGCCCUGAUGCUGCACCAGACUUUGACCCAUGCUUUAAGAACCUUGAACGAGAGCCAUGGGCAAAACUACAAUGUAGCAUCAUAAAAGACUGUGAAGCUGCAUUCAAACACUGCCAUAACAAGGUGGAUCCAAACCCAUAUUAUGAGAACUGUGUGAAGGACUCGUGUGCAUGUGACACAGGUGGAGAUUGUGAGUGCUUCUGUACAGCUAUUGCAGCUUAUGCUCAAGCCUGCAAUGAGGCGGGUGUUUGUGUGAACUGGAGAACCCCUGAGAUCUGCCCUGUGUACUGUGACUACUACAAUAAACCAGAAGGAUGCACAUGGCAUUAUAAUCCUUGUGGUAUACCUUGCUAUAAAACCUGUCGCAACCCUCUUGGUAUCUGCAAUAACACUUUACCCAACCUGGAAGGAUGUUAUCCAAAAUGUCCAAAGGACAAACCUAUUUUUGAUGAGCAAAAUCAGGUUUGUGUGAAAGAGUGUAUUCCCACAUGCUAUGUCAAUGGAAUCGAGUACAAGCCUGAAGAGAAUAUACCAACUGAUAAGUCCUGUCAUGAGUGCAUCUGUAAUGAACAUGGCAAUAUACAAUGUUUUCAAACACCUGGGUGCUGCAACUAUGGUGGAAAACAAUAUGGCCACAACGACACAAUUUACAACAUUAAGGAUGACAUGGGAAUGUGCUAUUAUGCAGUUUGCAUAAAUGCCACUGUGAUCACAACACAGAAACGCUGCACAACAUCAACAGAAACACCAUCUACAACUAAUACAACUACUAACACAACACCUUCGACAUUUACAACCACUUCCACUACUACAACUAGUCCAACAUCACCUGUGUCAACAGAAACACCUCCAACAAUUAGUACAAGUACUGGCACAACACCUUCAACAUUAACAAGCACUUCCACAACUACAACUACUCCUACGCGACCCAUGUCAACAAAAACACCAAGUGAAACUAGUACACAUACUGGCACAACACCUUUAACAUUUACAACCACUUCCACUACUACAACUACUCCUUUGCCACCUACCUCAACAGAAACACCACCUGUAACUAGUACAAGUACUGGCACAACACCUUCAACAUUUACAACCUCUUCCACUACUACAACUACUCCUUUUCCACCUACCUCAACAGAAACACCACCUACAACUAGUCCAAGUACUGGCACAACACCUUUAACAUUUACAACCACUUCCACUACUACAACUACUCCUACCACACCUGUGUCAACAGAAACACCAUCUUCAACUAGUCCAAAUACUUCAACACCUUCAACAUUUACAACCACAUCCACUACUACAACUACUCCUACGCCACCUGUGUCAACAGAAACCCCAUCUUCAACUAGUCCAAAUACUGGCACAACACCUUCAACAUUUACAACCACUACUACAACUACUUCUAUGCCACCUGUGUCAACAGAAACACCAUCUACAACUAGUCCAAGUACUGGCACAACACCUUCAACAUUUACAAUCACUUCUGCUACUAGAACUACUCCUUUGCCACCUACCUCAACAGAAACACCACCUACAACUAGUCCAAAUACUGGUACAACACCUUCAACAUUUACAACCACUUCUACUACUACAACUACUCCUAUGCCACCUGUGUCAACAGAAACCUCAUCUUCAACUAGUCUAAAUACUGGCACAACACCUUUAACAUUUACAAUCACAUCCACUACUACAACUACUCCUUUGCCACCUGUGUCAACAGAAACACCACCUACAACUAGUCCAAGUACUGGCACAACACCUUCAACAUUUACAACCACUACUACAACUACUCCUACCCACCUGUGCUCAACAGAAAACACCACCUACAACUAG